UCUCUGUGUGGAGGAUUUCCAUGGAUGGCCUGGCAUGAAGCAUUGUUGUUUUUGAUGAACUAAAUUAAUUUUUAAAAGGUUGUGACCAACAUUUUUGUUUUGAUAGUAAUUGCCUGUUCAGAGCUCUUGGUGAUCAGUUGGAGGGACACUCACGAAAUCAUCUCCAGCACCGACAAGAGACCGUAGACUACAUGAUCAAGCAGCGGGAAGAUUUUGAACCCUUUGUAGAAGAUGACAUUCCCUUUGAGAAGCAUGUGGCCAGUUUGGCAAAGCCUGGUACAUUUGCUGGCAAUGAUGCAAUUGUAGCCUUUGCAAGAAAUCAUCAAUUGAAUGUGGUGAUUCAUCAACUUAAUGCCCCUUUGUGGCAGAUUCGCGGUACAGAUAAAAGCAGCGUGCGGGAGUUACACAUCGCAUAUCGAUACGGUGAACACUAUGACAGCGUUCGGAGGAUCAAUGACAACUCGGAAGCUCCUGCUCAUCUCCAGACCGAUUUUCAGAUGCUUCAUCAAGAUGAAUCAAAUAAAAGAGAAAAGGUCAAGACAAAGGGAGUUGACUUUGAAGAUGACCUGCGAGAUGAGGUGGAAGAUGCAGUUCAGAAAGUUUGCAAUGCGACUGGCUGUUCAGAUUUUAAUUUGAUAGUCCAGAACCUGGAAGCUGAAAAUUAUAAUAUUGAAUCUGCAAUAAUUGCCAUGCUUCAGAUGAACCAGGGGAAAAGAAAUAAUGCAGAGGAGAACCUCGAGUCCAGUGGCCGAGUGCUGAAGCAGAGUGGUCCUUUAUGGGAGGAGGGUGGCAGUGGCUCCAGAAUCUUUGGAAAUCAGGGCUUAAAUGAAGGCAGGACUGAAAACACUAAGGCGCAGGCCAGCCCUAGUGAAGAAAACAAAGCAAAUAAAAACCACCUCCCAAAGGUCACAAACAAGCAGCGCCGAGAGCAGCAGCGCUUAGAGAAGAAGAAGCGGCAGGAGGAGCGGCACCGUCUCAAAGCCCUAGAGAGCAGGAGCAGCCACAGGGACAACAGGAGCGAAGCGGAGGCCAGCGAGCAGGUCACCUUGGUGAAGACCUUCGCUGCUCUCAACAUCUGACGCCACUGCCUGCGGGAGUCGUAAGAAGCGAGUGGAAGUGGCGUGCUGUGCCCCGACUUCCCAGGAGGCGGGCCUUCGGACCACCCACAGAACCCACCCAGGAGCGCACCCUCGGAGUUAGUGUCCUCAGGCCGCCUCUUUUUCUGUCAACGUUUUGUUAGUGAUGUGUUUUAUUUUAUGAAAGUUCAGUGAAGCCACUCAUGUUCUGUGAUUAAAAGGUUGAGUUUUAGGGUGGAGAGUAGAUCAGGGAAAACCUUUUAGGUAUGGUUUGAUUUGUUCUGAAAACAAGAGUUCUGUGACCCUGGGAUCUUCCCUUAACCUUUGGGGUGAGUUUUACUGAAAUUGUUCAUGAAGUGGUUUAGAUUAAUUGUUAGAAAUGCAGAAUGACAAGUUUCCUUUGAUUCUCUCUCAUUUUCAAACAGAUAUGUUAAUAUACAGGAUAGUUUGUAAAUGAUCCGCAACUCAGGAACGUGUUUAGGUUUAUUUUUCUUUUAAUCCAAGUUAAUCAGAAAAUACUUCAGGAAGUGUUCUCCCAAAGUGAUGUGAGGGAGGGUGUGGCCUGCAGUCCGGGGGGAGUAAACUGCCUCUCUCCUUCCCGAUCUGAUGUCAUUUCAGACGGGACGCAGGUGCUGCUAGUUCCUUUACACUCAAGCCAUACGAUACAUGCGCCUGACUGUUAAUUAAGCCUGGGCUUUGCUGCAGAAUCGAUAGUGUUGUUGAGCUUUUGGUACUUGUUUUUGGAAGAUGGGAAGAUAAUAAAGUUCUGGGAUUCUGACAGUAUGGAGAGUUGUAAAGGGAGAAAUUGAGGGGCCCUUGAGUGUUUGCCUGGGAAGAGUCUAAAGAGUUAUUUGACUUGUAGGAGAGAAUGCUGGAAGAAUAUCUAAGGUUUUUCACCUUCACAUUGUAAAUAACUGUUUCCUUCCCCACUUUUCUAGACUUAGCUGCCUUCAGAAAAAUAAAAGGUAACUUGGCCUGUUGCUAAGUUUUUUAGUUUUGUGAAAAUGGAAUCCCAUAAAA